AGUGACAAUCUGGGUAUUUGCCCGUUUGAUGCGUACUACAAGUCUGCUCAUAAACGCGAGCAUGACAAUUCGGAUAUUCGCCAAUCAUUCCCUUCUGUUGGCAAGUUGGAUAUGGAGCACAAUCUGGCCAGUAACCUUUGAAAUCAAAUUGAAAAUAAUGUCAACAUUUUGACAUCUUCAAAUCGAUGAAAUAUUUCUUUAUCGUAGGUUCUCAAAUUCACCUGACUUUGAUGUGUAUCCUGUUGGGCAACGGUCCCAUUCGCACUUAUCGCCAACACGGUGCUGAUGUGAUGGGCAUGGUGUUGGUGGUGGACGUGUUGUUGGAAUGUACCACGGACGACAGAUCCAAAAAAUUUCAUCAAACUCAUAUUUGAAAUCGUUCACAUUGUCGCAAACACAUUUGUUAUUCACUUUUUUCGAUCCCGUCGGACAUUGAUUUUUAUCGAUUAAAACACAUUCAUCUCUCUCGGGAACAUACACUUUACCCUCUCCACAAAUACACGCCGGAAAUGUGCCUUCACUGCCUUUGAGUGUGAAAAUGAAUCAUUAAAAUUAAAUCACUACGCAAUCACUAUUGUCGUCGUCAUUGUCAAUCAAUUGAUGUAAUACCUUUUGGGCAUUUUGCUAACAGAAAUUGUGCAUCUAAAACGGUUGAACAUAUCCGAUUGACCUCAUCGUAGGGAUUAUCGUUGUUACAAAUACAUUUCGGAUGUCUUCCUUUGGCAUUAAAUGGACACGACAAAUCAUCAGCUGUUGCACUUGCAAUUAGCAAAAGUGCUAAACUCAAUAGAACUACAGCACACCGCUGGAAGAAAAAGAGUUUGCACAACAAAAACAUCAUCGUAAAAUAAAAAGGCAAACUUCAGUAAUUUUAGUUCAAAUUCAGUGAAAUACUACGAACCAUUUCUGAAAAAAAAAACUGAUAGAGAUCUGAAAAUAGACUGUGGCAAAAUGAAUAUGAGCAUUUCAUAUUUAUACGUUAAUUAAUACUAUGUGUAGAAGGGGCAACACUACUGCCAUAGCGAUCAACAGCUCGGCCAUUGAUGAAUUUUUAGCACGAGUGACGGUACCAAGAAUCAAACCUGUUAUGAAAUGCGAUUAUGAUUACGAAUAUUUACGAUUCACCGCAAGUAACAAAAAUCAAAAUCGAUAAAAAGUGUCAAAAUGUCAAAGUGCCAAUAUAAACACAGAGCAUAAUCGUUAAUUGACCAGAGCUGGAAUUCUAUGACAUUCCACCAAAAUCGUUCGGAAUUAUUUUUUUCGUACGUAAGACUAUAUUGGAGUGAAAGAGAGAGGAAUUUCUACCGGAAUUAUUCCGAUAACUCAACGAAGGGUGAUAGUUAUCGCAAUAAUUUGGCUGGGAUGAUGAAAAUUAGUAGAAUGUCUCUCUUUCACUCCAAUAUAGUCUUACGUACGAAAAAAAUAAUUCCGAACGAUUUUGGUGGAAUGUCUUAGAAUUCCAGCCCAGAGAGUUCGGCAAGAAGAUCAUGAGGUUGUUCAACAUUAGAACGAAAAACGUGUUGGAAAAAAAAAUUGCCGCAAGUAGUUUUCGAAUUUUGUUUAUUUUAUGCACAUAUUUUAUGGGAUAAUUUGUUAAUUGCCGUCUAUGGCCAAUUUUUGUCUUCGUUUUUUGCAUAAAUUCCAGCUUGAAAUUGAAAUGAGCUUGGUUUACAUUCGAUCGUGUAGAAUGUUUACAUUGAAGAAAGAAGACCGUUUAUCCAACAUCAAACUUAUACAGGCGACUGACUUUUAAUGGAAAAAUUCCAAAAUUAUUUUCCUUAAGCGAUUCUACCCAAAAUUUCCACCGAACGGCGCAAUCUAUUAUGCGAAGAAAUUGUUCGAAUUGUCGAGAACACAGAAUUGUUAAAAUUGCAAGAAAAAUUUAUGUUUUCGUAACGUUUGUUGUCUCUCGAUACAGUGAAGACUUGGUCGCAUUGAAAGCUUCGCAGAUUCCUCGAUGCUUUUGAUAGUUUUUUCUCAUUCAAUCGCAAAUGAAUUGUCGAGUGUACUCAAUCCACAGAGCCGUAUAGGAUAGCUUACAACUUGGAGAAAUGUUGGAUAAAGCAGCGCAUGUGCGUAUCGGAUGUUUUCAUGCUCUCAUCUCUCGUUGUGAUACACACUCACACCGACAAAAUGAUGGAAAACAUGAUUUUGAUAAAGAGUACUACAGAUCCGCCACAAAAUAUAACCACCACCACUACCACCUAGAAAAACAAUUCUUUUCUCUACUUCGUCGUGUACACAUACGCACACAUCCAACAAAAAAUGUUAUUCUCACGACAUAGGAGAGAGAGUGCAUCUCAUCGUCUAAAGCAUAAAAGCGAAAGCAUAUAGUUGCGACGACCAGUUAAGAAACGCACGAAUAACCGGAUAUUCUGGCUGACAUAAAAAUCGUCUGUAAAACUGUGUGUACGCGAGGAGAAGCAGAGAUAAACGCCCUCGUUAGACUCAUUUCAACCGAAGAAGAAGAAGAAGAAUAAAGAAGAAGAGUAACAAAAUAACCAACUCAGUGUUUUCAAUGAAUAAAGGGAGUUUUCUGAUAUAUUUUUUUUCUCGUAUUUUCUGUUCAUUUUUAUCACUGUUUUAUUAGAAAAUAGGAGAAUUGAGGAUGAAAAAAGUGGCCAACGAAGGUAUUGUGGAUGUGAUGAUUAGAGUUAAUAUUGUGAGAAACUCAAAUAACAAAAAAAAAACACUUUUAAUUGAUUCAAUUUAGAACAAAGUGAAUUUAAACUGACGUCUAAAUGUCAGGUAAUUUUAACGAAACUUUUGUAAAAUAUCAAGUGAACGAAAAUUAUCAUCGAAUUCCAGAAACACAGAAGCGAUAUAUUUGAGCUGAGAGUGGGGCGUGUGAAAAAAAUGUUGUACAACAACAUCAACUAGAAGAGCGAAGAAGAGACAACAGGAGGAAAAAGUCCGUGAAUAGUUUCAGUAUUGUUCACAUGAUCGUAAAAAAAACGUAAAAUAAAUGCAGUCACCAAACUCAAAUUUCCGAUUUCCACCAAGAAAUACUAUCUAGCAGCAGCAGCAGCAGUAGCAGCGAAUGCUAACGAAAACCGAAACUUUGCAUACAAUGAAUGCAUAGGGAUUACCGUAUUCAUUGUAUGUUUCGUAUUUUGUGUGCAUGACCGAUAAAACCACAAAAAUUAUUCACCGAUGUGGGCACACAAUGUAAACAUAUAUUGUGACUUGCUGCCAGGCUGCGCCAAAUGAAAGACGAAUUGAAAUAUUUGGUAGAACGGGACUUUUUUUUCGGGGUGUGAAUAAAUUGCUUAAAUUUGCUAAUGCAAGCAGCACCAUCGAAAUCGCAUUGUGCCAACGGAUGAUAGUAGUCGCAGUGUGGUGCACAAUUCAUUGCACGUAUCCAAAUCAGUCGAGAGAAGAAGGGAGCGAGAGUGAGGAAGGGGAAAAAACCGAAAUCCACUUGUCCAUGUGCAAGCUCUAUUGGGACGGCAUCGAAAGCAGGCUAAAGUGAAAAAUAAACAUCGAUUUGCAUGCAAAAAAGAAACGGGUUAAACUGAACGGAUCGGUUUUUAUUUUCCUGAACGGAAAACAAUUGCGAUAGCUAAGCAUCAGACACAAACACAUACUAUAACGUAAUAAGGAACCAUGGGAAGUUUGCCAAAUUUAAAUGAGCUAUGCCAAGAGAAAACACUGCGUCGUACCACCGCCGAAAGAGAACGUGAUGCAGUGCGCGAACGUGCCCAGCAAUUGGAAUUCAUUAGCCGAGAUUACAAAAACAAUCGUCUUAAGGAUAAGGAUAAGUUGCCAACAUUAUUUCAGUCACAACUUCCUACACACCAUCAUCAGCAUCGGCACUCGUUGACAUCACGUAAAGUCCAUCGGACACGAAGUUCGGGUGCAACACAUCACAUUUUCGACGAUCCAAUGAUGGAGCAUAUGGCAGCGUAUUCGCCGAUUUCAUCUCGCAAUCAUCGUAUAAACACAGCGCUUCCAUACCAUAUUUCCAGCAUUGCCAAUUCAGCGAUUUCAACGACAGCAGCUUACAAUGUGGGUGGCACUCUACCGAACAUGUUUCACGGAAAUCUCUCGGGAAGCUCUAGACGUCGCGAAUCAAUAAACAGUUCGAUUGGUGCCACCUCAAUUCGGCGACUUCUAACAGUUAAUCGAGGAUGUAGACAUAAAAUAUCGUCACAUGUUCGUUCGAAGAUUGCGAAAAAUUUCACACUUCUCAUCAUUUCCCAUGGUUUGAUGAUGGCCGUUCUAAUACCACUGUUCGGUUUACAGGCAUCCAAUUCGAUGUGGUUUCAUCAGGAAUCGUGGCUUUUACGGAAAAUUGGACCGAACGUUGGCCCAUUACUUCUAAGCUUGUGCUGUCUAGUCACAUCCGGCAUGUGUCUCGCAACACAAUUUUUAGUCAAAAAACUCGGCUACAUACGUUUAAUUAUCGCCCACUAUACCAUUCUUUGCAUUUUCCUGCUGCUUCAUCUGUAUCCGACGAUUUGGAUUUUGAUAUUUGCCUACUCUUUGCUUGGUACAACACUUGGCCCCACAUUUAUAUGUAAAUUUAGCUUGGUCGUGCUCUUCGCGAGUCGAAUGAGUUGUGGUCAAACUGAAUGUCCGACCGUGACGGCAAUGAUGAAUGAAAGUGGCGGCACCGAUGACUACAAGGGAUUUUGUAAUCGAAACGAACGCGUGCGAAGAUUAGCACGUUGGUUCCAUGCCGUUCAAGAUGUUGGUAUUUUAGUUGGUGCGUUGAUUGCAUCAAUUGUAAUUUCGUGCGCGGCAACCGAAUCAAACUGCAUUCUAACGCAAAAUUUUUUCAAACUAAAUCGAGAUAAUAGCGGUAACAAUGGUACGGCUAUCGAAAAUUUUCAAAUGAAUACGCUUAACAACACCCAUAGAGGAAUUGAUACUAGUAAUUUAAGUAGUAGAGUUAAUUUUUUGUCAAAUAAAUCAAAAUCGACCACUGAUCCAAGUGAUUUGAAAGAUGUGCCACUACCAUCAGCACCGUCCGAUUCAGCGGCACACACAACAACCGAAUCAGAUGCAUUUGGAGAUGGCCUGAGCAUUUUGAAAUACUAUCAGGAAUCGUUUUUCAGUCAACACAAUGAAUUGCUGAACAGUUUAUUCAAUACAAACGAGCGGGGAGUACGCAUUUGUGGUGCGGGUUCGUGUCCAACAUGGAAUGCUCGAGCUUUUGAAAGCAAUGUCACCGAGGAGUACAACUGGUUUACUUUCUCCGGCACCAUACCAAUAACACUGCUAUAUGUCACUUUGGCAGCGAUAGCGUUAGUACUUGCUUCUUUGUCGCAACAAGUUGACAGCACUUUCAAGUAUGAGAAUUUCAAGGGAGUCACCGACACACUACUAUUAGCCAGCCCAAUGGCAUUUUUUAUAGGCACCGAACAAGGAUAUGUUAUCGGUGGAUUUACGCGGGCAUUUGUAUCGUGUACGCUUGGCGUACCAGCGGUAUGUGUGUGCAUCCUAGCUAUGGCAUCCCUACAAUUUAUCGUUGGAGCAACUUUAAGUAUGUUACUUCGCCACGUCAAACGUUCAGCCGUUUUAGUGGCAGCAUUUUUCUUCCAAGCAUGUUUGUUGCUGGUUUUGUCCCGAUGGAAACCGUCACAGGAUGACAGCGCGCUAUUUUAUGUGAUUGCAAUGGCUUGGGGAGCAUGCAAUGGCAUUUGGGAAACGUUGCUCUUCGCAUUAAUCACAUUAACGCACACCAAUAAUAUCACACAAAUUUCGUCACCGUUGCAAGCGUUUAGAUUCCUUGGCCUUUCGAUCACAUUCGCUGCACACGGUUUUCUAUGUGAAAAUUUGAAAAUUUUAAUCUUAUUCAUAUUGCUUGUGAUCAGCGUCAUUCCAUAUGCAAUGCUCGAAAUCCGCAUGGAGGGUCAACGCAAGGCACAUUCGCAGAGCAUUUGACGUAAAAUGCUCAGCUAGUUAAGACCGCAACCAAAUCGUGGAUACUCGUGGUACUUCAGUUGCCGAAUUCGAUUCUAGAUAUUUCGAUAAAAUAGUUCUCCUCUUCAAUUCAACCGUCAAAUUUACCUUCAUUCUUCGGCUGCAAUCGUAUUCGAUUUCAAUCACCUUUAAGCGCACCUUGACGACAAAUCAACAAAUUUUCGAUAUCAAACCUGUUCACAAAGUCAGUCACAGUCUAGUUUAUAAGAACCAGCGAAUCGAUAGCUAUUUCAAUAUUUAUGAAAUAAAUUCGUAAAUGAAAUUGUACUAUAUGGAAAUGAGUUUAUCAAACCAGCCAAUUGAGUUAACACUAGAUAUUUAAGUAAAUAAAAAAAUAACAACACUAUCGCAAGUUUAGAUGAAGAAAAAAAAAGCUUACGAAACAGCAUUGAAAAUUGAAUUUAACAUUGAUAGAUUUUAAGAUACGUAUAUAUAUAUAUAUUUUACCGCAUAAGGAUCAAAGUCUAUUUGUUGAAUCAAUCAUAAUUUAUGUUGAUAUAAAGUGUCAAAAAUGUUGAAAUACGCUUUUGAAAA